AAAGAAAAUGGCAGUUAUGGGAAGAACAUGGGAGGGUUAUCGACUACCCACUAAUCUGAUUUCUCGUUAUUCCGUUUCGGCUCUUUUCAGAACAGUCAUAUGCAGACUCCACAUUCUUAAAGGAAGGCCAAUGCUAUGAGUUAUUUGUCGUUUCCCACUCCGAAAGUGUAUAAAAAAUUGGUAACGUGAAGAUGAAACUUUAGCAGACCUUCCACUAUGAUUUCUUAUUAUAUAUAUAUAGUAACCUAAGCUUUUCGCUUCUGCAUGCACUCCAAAGGCCAAACUGACUUAAACUUAUUGCAACUUGUGUUCUAGUGCUCAUAGUGGUCACUUUCUACCGCAAAAUUCAGUGUCUGAUUAGUCAACAAUUAGAAAGUAUUGAUUUCAUUCUCCUAGUUGUUGGCACUGACUAAGCCAAUUGGUCCCAGGUUUUCUAAGUUUUAGAGACUAGACAGUGAUAGAUUCCUUCUCUUGGUUUCUUUUGCUUCAACUAGUUUUCUUUCAUUUCUUUUUCAAUCCCUGGUAGAAAAUGUUCAGAGUGAAGCAUUCUCAUAUUUUGCCACUUGCAUUCUGUAUAUUUUUCCUUACUUUGUUUCUUCUGGUCCAAGCUAGGCAUCAUUCUCAUACAAAACACAAGCACUCACAUUCUCAUAAAUCUUCUAAACCUCCAAAACAAGCACCUCCUAGCCCUCCUCACAAUGAGAACCAUAACAAUGCCUCUUGCAUUUUUGAUGUAACAAAAUUUGGAGCAAUAGGAGACGGAAAAACAGAUGACACAGAGUCUUUCAAGAUGGCAUGGGACACUGCCUGCCAAAGUGAAUCAUCAGUUAAUGUUAUCCUUAUACCCCAAGGUUUCUCUUUCCUCAUUCACUCCACUAUCUUCACUGGCCCUUGUCAAGGUGGCAUGGUGUUGAAGGUUGAUGGCACUCUUAUGCCCCCUGAUGGACCUGAAUCUUGGCCAAAGAACAAUAGCAGGCACCAAUGGUUGGUCUUUUAUAGAAUCAAUGGAAUGUCACUGGAUGGAGGUGGUUUAAUAGAUGGCAGAGGAGAAAAAUGGUGGGACCUUCCUUGUAAGCCACACAAGGGACCUCAUGGGACAACACAGCCAGGACCAUGUGAUAGCCCAAUUGCCAUAAGGUUUUUUAUGAGUUCCAACUUGACUGUGCAAGGACUUAGGAUAAAAAACAGUCCCCAGUUCCAUUUCAGAUUUGAUGGCUGCAGAGACGUGCAUAUUGAAUCAAUCUACAUAACAGCUCCGAGACAAAGCCCCAACACUGAUGGGAUUCACAUAGAAAAUACAAAUGACGUGAAAAUAUACAAUUCUGUUAUUUCUAAUGGUGAUGACUGUGUAUCUAUUGGAUCCGGCUGCUAUGAUGUAGAUAUAAAGAAUAUUACAUGUGGACCUGGCCAUGGAAUUAGCAUCGGUAGUUUGGGAAAUCACAACUCUCGAGCUUGUGUUUCAAACAUAUUGGUGAGAGACUCACUCAUAAAAGUGUCAGAUAAUGGGGUUAGGAUCAAGACAUGGCAAGGUGGAUCAGGAUCAGUAUCUGGAGUGACAUUCAGCAACAUCCACAUGGUUAGUGUAAGAAAUCCAAUCAUAAUUGACCAGUUCUACUGCCUCACUAAGGAAUGCACCAACAAGACCUCUGCAGUACAUGUAUCAAACAUUAUCUACACAAACAUAAAGGGAACAUAUGAUAUAAGUAGCUCUCCAAUGCGUUUUGCAUGUAGUGACUCUGUCCCAUGCACCAACUUAACACUCUCAGAUAUUGAGCUUCUUCCAGCUCAAGGAUACAUAGUGAAUGACCCUUUCUGUUGGAAUGCUUAUGGAGAUUUGGAGACACUAACCAUUCCACCAGUCUCUUGUUUGUUGGAGGGCAGUCCUCAGUCUGUGUUAGAGCGUGACAUAACUCCUUGCUGACACACUAGAUUCUGUAGAGCAAAAAAUGUGCGCAUGCAUGUAUAUAAUUGUUUAUUUGGGAAGUGACUAGGGCCAUUAGGGAAUACGGCAGCAUGAUGUUGAAUAUUAUGUUAUGAUUGUUGAGGAGUUGAGUUUUUUAUACUCCUACCCAAUUGUAAACUAUAUAUGUGGCGUGAUUAUCCAUGAUUGAAAUUGAC